GGAAGUGACUGGGAAGGGAAUGGGGUAGUUUAAUUCGGGUAUUGGAGGGGGACUCUGGCGGACGGACUGGGUGCAUGGAGAUGGUGUCCAUGGAGGAUCAGGAUGCCAGGGUCCCAGCCCUGGAACCAUUCAGGGUGGAACAGGCACCACCUGUAAUCUACUAUGUCCCUGACUUCAUCUCUAAGGAAGAGGAGGAGUAUUUGCUUCGACAGGUCUUCAAUGCCCCAAAGCCAAAGUGGACCCAGCUCUCUGGGAGGAAGUUACAGAACUGGGGUGGGCUCCCCCAUCCCCGGGGGAUGGUUCCUGAGCGGCUGCCUCUGUGGCUCCAGCGCUACGUGGAUAAAGUAUCUGACCUCAGCCUUUUUGGAGGUCUCCCAGCCAACCACGUCCUUGUGAACCAGUAUCUGCCUGGGGAGGGCAUCAUGCCCCACGAGGACGGGCCACUCUACUACCCGACCGUCAGCACCAUCAGCCUGGGCUCCCACACCAUGCUGGACCUCUACGAGCCGCGGCAGCCAAAGGAUGAUGACCCUGCAGAGCAGCCCUGGUCCCCACCCCGGCCGACCACCUCACUGCUGCUGGAACCGCGCAGCCUCCUGGUGCUCCGUGGCACUGCCUACACGCGCCUCCUUCACGGCAUCGCAGCUGCCCGAGAAGACGCGCUGGACGCCACCUCCCUGCCGCCCAACGCUGCUGCCUGCCCGUCUGCGCGGCCCGGAGCCAGCCUGGUCCGUGGCACGCGCAUCUCACUGACUAUCCGCCGGGUGCCCCGCGUGCUGCGCACCAGCCUCCUGCUCAGCAAGUGAUGCCAGGCGCCUGCACUGCUCACAUUCCCGGGCUCUCCGCCUCCUCCUGACAGCUGUGACCCUGUGACCUUGGAACCCUGGGGCAGAGGCAGCUCCCCCCCACCCCCGGGUUAUUUAUUUUCCCAGUAACUUGGCGGGAACUACAGGAAGAGGCCCCAUUUCAAAUAAACCAACAAAAAUCUU